UCUCCUCCCGAUCGGACGUGAAUUUACCGGGUUGUUUCACCCUCGAGUCGAGUCUAUCGUCGUCGCCGCAAUCAAUCCUCAAACUAGCUCGUUAGUAGUGGAUGCUUUUGUUCUAGCACACCGGUUUUCUGAGAAUCUCGGGCGGGAUCCACCACUUGAGUGAGUGACUGAUUUGAUUAGGAAAUUCGAGGAAGCAGCGGACAAUCAUGAGGACCGGAUUGCCGCCACCAUCGCUGAUCGUUGGAAUUACGGCUCUUCUGCUUAGCGUCCAGUUGUCACAAGUGCAAUCUCAAAGCGCCCCAUGUACCACACCUACCCGCAACCCAGGGCUCUGCGUGGACAUCCGGAGAUGUACCAAUAUCUUCAACAUAGUUUCCAAUCCCACUCCGCCGCCGACCGGAAUUGCCAACUACAUCAAAAAAGCGGCCUGCACAUUACCGGGAAUAGAACGGAGCGUCUGCUGUCAACCGCAUGAAGUUAAGCCAGAACAACCGACGACAGCGGCUCCUCCUACGUCGGUCGGUGGAUCCAGCCUUUUACCGGAUAAGUGCGGCCAAGCCGUAGCCGAUCGAAUCGCUUUUGGCAAUGUGACCAAAGUGUUUGACUAUCCAUGGAUGGCUGUGCUCAAGUACAACUCCAACGGUGAACUGGUGGACGGAUGUGGAGGAUCAUUGAUCAACAAGCGCUAUAUUUUAACUGCAGCCCAUUGCCUCAGGACCCGAAGCACGCUGCAAUUACAAGUCGUCCGACUUGGCGAACAUGACAAGAGCUCCGAAAUCGACUGUAACAUCUACAAAAACAAGAAGGGAGAAAUCAUUGAACGAGAUUGCGCCAACAAGACUGAAGAUUACGGAAUCGAAUCCAUUGUAGUUCAUGAAAGCUACCAAAAGCCGAAGUACAGCAACGAUAUCGGUCUUAUUAGGCUCGAUAGAGACGUAGAGAUGCAAGAUCACAUCCAUCCAAUUUGCUUACCGGUAACCCCAGCAUUACGAUCGGCUCAGUUUGAGCGCUACGUGGUAACCGGUUGGGGAACUACUGAAAAACAAACCGGUUCGGACGUACUGCUUAGUGCCAUCGUGCCGCGAGUGAGUAAUGCGGAGUGCCAGGAAAGGAUGGCCCAGAACAACUUGAAAGUCCAGCUCAGUGACAAACAGAUGUGUGCCGGUGGCGAAGGCCUUGUGGACACUUGCCGGGGUGAUUCCGGUGGGCCGCUAGGAUACAGUGCCGACUUUAAUGGGGCUCGAUUCGUGCAGUUCGGUGUGGUGUCGGCCGGUAUCGAUUCAUGCGGUCUGAAAAGUGUUCCCGGAAUCUAUUGCCGAGUAGCUGCCUAUAUGGAUUGGAUACUGGCAAACAUGAAACCCUAAAACUGACGAUAAUUGACGUUGCGAAGAGCUUUUAUUAUUAGCGUUUAAUUAGAAUUUAAUAUUAAUUGUACUCCUCCAGACUGUAAUAAACAUUUUGAUUUUUGUAACUUGAGAA